AUGGGAAAGAACAAAGCAGCCGCAGCCACCGAAGAAGGCCUUCCGAGCGGUCCGAUUGCGCCGGCUACGGAAAGGCCGCCUGUUCCACCGAUUCCUACGGAGCAGGAUGAUUCUGAGAUGGGUGCCGCUGUCAAGGUGAAAGCGAUGAUGCUGAAGAUGGGUGUCCAAGAGAUCCCAGAGGCCACUAUCUGGCAGCGGCUCGAUCAGCUGACGUGCAACCCUGGCUUUGAACAGAAGCUUCAGAGGCUGAUCGAUUCGUUCCUCUUCACCACCCAUCCGCUCGCGGACAAACAGAGAAAGCAGUUUCCAUCCGAGUACAUGGAUCUGGUUGAUCGAUACAAGGUCAUGUCCGCCCUCGCCUUCUCCCGAGUAGCGACGCUAUCAGGCGACGCCGCAGGCAAUAGCUUGAAGGGAACCCGAGAGAUGCUGAGCUACGAUACGCUCCGUCUUAUGGGUGAGUGCUACAUCCCGACUGAUACGAGCAUCAAACACAAUGAUCUCCUCAACCUGCCGCCCCUUCAGCGUUCCAGGGAUGCGGUCAAUCAGGUCGAGGCUGCGAAGUUCUUCAGGGGCUUGCAGCUCCGACCUACAAUGACCUUCCUCCCGGGAUCAUUCCUGGCUCUCAAGGCACUUAACCGAUUCCCCACGAUCGACUCUCUAAAGGAGCAGGCCAUGCACCUCGAGGGCGAUCGUAAAGAGCACGGCGACGAUCUUCCUGCCGUGGAUGCGAACGGAAUCGGGGAGGUGUCUGCCUUCCGCAACGAGGAUGACGAUGAAAACACCCCGUUGAUGCGAGGAUGGGUCUCUUACAUGAAGGCCCUGGUCGAGGCUUACCCCGGCCGAUGCGUCAGCAUCGACGAUACGCUCAACUGGGCGGCCAGCUCCAGUAUGACCUACGAGGAUACGUUCUUCCAUGGAACGAAUCUCCGAUACCUCUGGUCAGUUCUUGCACACGGAGGCUUGUUCGGCGAGGAUUAUGUGACUGACGAUCAUGGGAGUCACGAGCCUUGCGUGUGGGUCACAGGGAGCGCCACCGAAGCUGCCGGCAGCUAUGCUUCUGGUACGUAUAUCGGUGUGGGUUACUGGUUCCAGGUCAUGAUCUGUGUAUCCCGAACUGUGGUGAAUAGUCACACCAGAACCCAGAAGAGGCUGGGAGGAUCAGGGAAGCAGAUCCGUGUCGGAACGAAGUUCCUCGAGUUAUGCGGGAUCGCGUUCAGACCUUUCCGAAUCUUGGAUGACCGCGAGCACGGAGUGUCCACUUCCCCGCACUACGUUGUGCACGGACACCGAUUCCUCAGUGCGGACGGGGCGACACCCGUGGCCUGGCACCCGUGGAUGGAGGCGAGUCCGAUAGACCCUCGCAUCCUGAAGCUGCUGGGGAACGUCCUUGGCUCAAACUCUGUUGAGUUUGCGGACCUCGUGAUCCGAAGCGACAGAACCGAAGCACCAGCGGAGCCUACCGAGACAAAGCAGCCUGAAACCGCUGGAGCCGCGGAUCAAGCCGCGACGGCUGGUGAUGAUCCGACUGAGCGCAUCACUGUUCACCCAUCUGUGCUGCGUCGGAACCGAUGGACGCCUGAUGGAUACGGGAACAGCGAGAUGGCCACCGUUGGUGGCAGAUAUGGCUUGCAAUCCGAGCUUCAAGCUUCAAGCUACCGCAUCGAGCUUGCCCCGUUCUUUCAGAUGCGAGCACCUAUCAUGGGUGAGCAGGGGAGUCAAGGGCUGCCGAAACCGUCAAAGCUCAUCACGAUCGCCGGCGGACCGUCCAAGGAAUGGGAGCUCUGGUGCCAGCACUACCGACAGGCUUUUGGUGCUGUGGUUGGCAACUUCGGCUAUACGCCUGCCAAGAGCAAGAAGGGUAUCAUGUACGAUGAAGAUGGUACCACGGAUAUCGUUGCCAAGCCCGUGUGGAGUCCUCCUGAUGCCCUUGUGGCGGUGGCGAUCCACGGCAUCAGAACCGUCACGACGAUGGCUUCUACGAUCGCGUACGGGGGUGUUCCGCCAACGAUACUGCCGGCGGUCCCCAGCGAGAGGCAGAGAUUCGUCGUCAUGCACGAUGGUUUGCUGACGUUCAGGUCCAAAGCAGGAUGGCAUUCCGGAGAAAUGCAUGCGCACCUGACGAACGCGCUGGUGAAGUUCGGGUUUCCGAACCCCGAUGUGCGUGUGCAGGCAGUUGGUGAAGGUGAUGGUUUCGUGCUCAAGGAGAUGAUCGAGACCAUCGAGCUGAUGAAGAGCGAAACCACCAUCCCAAAGGCCAAUGUGCACAUCCUCCUCUUGUGGAGAGGAGCGGACCUGUGGAAGCUGGAGUUCAACACGAUCUACGGAUCAGUGUCCCUGUGCGGACCGGUGUCACCGAGUAUGGCACAUGUCCCGACUCUCCCCGAUGCGCUCUUCGAGAGGUAUCGAGUGGAGAUGAGGUCGAUAUGGGACACGGUCAGGAGAUCGAACUUCCUUACCCUGUCCUUUGACGCCAUCCUGGAGGGGCUUCCGUACCUGAAGGGAUAUCACGUCAUGCACGAGUCCAAAACGAUCGGGGCUCUGUGCACCCGGAUCUGCUCGAUGUUCACGCUUAAGAUGUGGGAACGCACCGUCGUUCCGGAGGACACGCCGAAAGGCGAGGUGAAGGCCAUUGUUCACUCGUCGGUUCAGGGUCUGAUUGACACAUUGGAUCGUGGUGCGGAUCAUGGCGCCGCGGGAACCGUCAAUCUUGGCAAGCUUGGAUUCGAUGAUGACGAUGAAGAGCAGGAUGACGCGACCGGCACGAUCGCACCCAAGAUCCAGAUCAAGAAGGAGACCGUCGAACAACAGGCGGGAACCCUCGCGGAUCUCCCGGGUGUCCGACACCCGGACCCGAUUACGCUGCCAGCGACUCCUGUGUCUGGUCAGGCAAUGCCUGUUUCGCCUCCCCCCGCCCCGACUGCUGGUGACGAUGAUUCCAGCAGCGAUUCCGAUGACGACCGGCGGGACGGAGAUGGCGACACAGCGAUGUCUGCAGCCGAAAAGGAAGAGUCCGACGAUCUGUUUGAGGACAUCAUGGGAGGCAUGGCCGAAGCGUUCGAACGCAUGCCCACUCCUCGUGAUGCAGAGAGGGUUGUUGCGGCCAAUCGCGAUGCUGCCCGCCCUCCUGCGGUGCCGUCGCUUCCCCUCUCCGGCACGAAGAGCAGACCGAAGCCGAUGGGUGGUGAGGAAGCCACAGGACCAUCGACAGAGGGUCGCCAGCAAUACGCGCACUUCGCUAGCUACGUUAGCGAGGCCGAAGCGCGUCGCGAACAGGCCGCACAGAUGAAAGCGCAUAUCGCUGAGAAAGCGAAGGGCGCUACCGGCGUUGAGAGCGCUGAGCACCUGCGAACCAUCGCCGAUGGACUCGCGAAGGUCAUGGACCCGAACAUGAACGAUGACAACGUGUUCCAGGGUUCCAUGUACCCUCCGGGUGACUAUGCGCUUGACGCAGUCACGAACCGACGACGUCGGGUUGAGUCCAAUAGCACCCUCAUCCGGGAGAUGGCCAGCGAUCGAUUUACGCCUGUGCUCAUCAACCGUGAUACGGGUGAAACUGUGUCGGCCAUUGAUGCACGAUGGACUCCUGAGUAUGGAAACAGGGGGGAACUUGAAGCCAAGGUUGGUGCGAUUAUCUCCAACCUUGAUGCCGCGCUGGCGAGCAUGUCGACCCUCCCUGUGUUCCAUCCGCACAUCCCUUCGACGUAUGGUAUGGCUCGAUCAUUGCUCAACACAUACCAAUCGUUGCAAAUCGCUAUCCGACACCGUGGCAUGGGCGCAAUGUCCUUCGAGCAAAUGGUGUUCAAACCAGAGGACCUUGAGGCUCCGACUCCUGAUGAUUGGCCGGACCUCAUUGCGCCUACUCCUGGGAAGGUUAUUCAGUCCAUGCGUGUCGCCCUGGUGAACAACACUGCAGCGAGGCUGACGAGAGAAGACCUCAAGCUGCCACCGGGCUACACUAUGCAGCGUCGGGUGACCCAAUUCCGAAAGCCCGAUGAAGACCCAGUGCAGAGCUUAAUGGGACUCACCGAUGAUAUGAGCUACGGCACCACCGGCCGAACUGGGGACGAUAGAUUGUCCCAGUUUCAGCGCAGCAUUGCGGUGCAACUGAAGAACACCGCAGGAUUUCUCGCGGAUGAGUUCAGGAGGCAUGCCCGAUCUAUUGCUGCCUCCUCAUCGCGCCGCAGUGAUGCGUCUGGUGCCGUGAGCAGCCAGGGCGAUGGCGCGGCGGACGGCGAUCGUCCGUCUGACGCGCCGACCGGGAUUGCGUCGGACCGAGCAACGACGCCUCCUCCACCGUCCGAGGAUCCUCCUCCCCCGCCGACUGCGGACAUGUCUUCGAAGGCAUCUGAGGAGACUGCGAAGAAGGAUGGUGACGAUGAUGAGAUGAAGGAUGAUACGACCGAUCAGAAGCCCGAUGAGGAUGAGAAGAUGGGUGAUGGAAGGGAGCCAGCUGACGAGGUCCCCGGCAAGACCCCGCCGCCGGCUGCCCGAACCGUCGAGAACCCUCCGGAACACGGCGUGCGUUCCAGUCAUCCGACUGAUAUGACAGCUCAGGGAGCUGUGCUCUCUGGGGCUCGUGGGCCUGUGGUCGAUAUCGAUCCAGCCAGCACGGCGGCCGAUCAGGCUGCAAACGAUCCGAGAAACUGCCGGAUCGAGGGCCCUGGUAUCAAGGCGACUACGAUUCAUCGCCCUGACCAGUUGCCCGAGAAAGGUCUCGAAUCCAUUGCGCCGAUCGUGGAGUACGAGAUGACGUCUGUCCCGGUGGCGCUACCGGACUUCGUCGUCCCGGGACUCGACAUGGGCAUCGAUGAUUCCGUCCAUGGACGACUGGUCUCUGCGACUUGUCUCCCGCCGACUGACGAGCAGCGUAAGUAUUCGAGGCGCCGAUUCGCCAUGCUAUCCUCGAAUCAGACGCUGUAUUUGAAUGAGGCACUUCACAAGAAGGCUUACAAUGCCCGGGAAGAGCGAGUUCGCUCUAUCGGUGGGACGUCGAUCACGUGCAGCCGAUUGCUUAUUGAUGAUGCACAGAACAUCCCCACUGCGGCUAUUCCAGAUGAGGAGUACCCUUCCACUGCCGAUCAAUCGAAGAAGGGUUCCGAUGACCGUGUGAGGGGCAUUCCACUGUACUCAUUCCUCGAUUCGAGUGGGAUCAUCGCGUUCAACAUCAUUCCGAUGUACAUGGAGCGCGAGAGAGAGUACAUGAAGGCCAAUGCUGGCGAAACCAGUGGCCGAAUUCUUCUCCAGACCGAGAUCCUGGAUGAGAAUGACGAGCCGACAGAGCUCACGCUCCAAUGCAUCAUGGAGAUUGCUAGGACGGACAACAAUCGAAUGUUUGAGUUCUUCUAUUCCACGAUAAACAGUGAUGGAAGUCCUCAGUUCGUUGGGGUCCGUGCGGCGUACGGAUUCGGUCCCGAUGCCUUCAACCGUUUCCGACAGCUGACCAAAUCCCAGCACGGGCCAUUCAUCCAGCUUGCGCAAGAGCUCUACAUCGCUAAUGAGCGAAAAAGAAGCGUGUCCCGACAUCAUCCCCAACACGGAUGGGGCUGCGCAGCGAUCCGCGAGUUCUUCGGGUACAUGAGCGACUGCCAAGUCGGGCCCCCGAAGGGACAGCUGUUCCUCACCCUGCUCCCGUUUGCUCCCGGAUCUGGGAAGAACAAUGAGUGGGAAGAGGUAUACAUGAAUGUCCGAAUGAACCCGAAGCGAGAGACACUGUCGAACACAGCGGCAUCGAACUCCUUGCUCCCUGAAGGAAUGGGAUCUAACCGCAUGAUUGUGUUCGCGAUUGACUUGCACAUGAUUGCUGCAGGUAUCAAUCCAGUGUCCUUUCACCCGAGGGGUUACUAUGCGAUCAAAGACAGUUUCCCUCUCGCCUGCAUGCCAAUUGCAUACUUUAUGGACACGGGAUCGCUAGUGUUCAACACGGCCUUCAAAUACAUCGGAGGUCCGAAGUUUGGCACCGGCCCUGCGCGAGGCAAACACAACCGAGAAACGUGGCCUGUCGCCAGCUUUGACUGCCCCAUGUGCGGAACCGCCUUUCCGGUUGGUCUCCACAUGUGCCAUGCAUGCACAAAGCCGAUUCACUAUCCUGACGGGAUGUUCUACGCCGAUCCAGAGAAUCCCUUUCAGGUCGCAUAUUACGGCAGUCAUGCUCCGUGGCUUAACGAGCUCAUUGAGAGAAACAAGCUUACGGAUUUCACGCUUCACGAGUAUGCUGCGAUCAAGCAACUGAGGAACUUCCCGGUGUCCAGAUCUCUCGCCGAGGAUCAUCGACAGACCGCGUUCUUCGGGGUGCCACCGAUUAAGUGUAUCGCUGCUGAUACAUCGCCGAAAGAAGUGGAACUGUUCAAGAAGAGUGUGCGCGGAACGAUUCAGGGCGCCAUUCGCUUGGAUAUCUCCAUUGAGAGGCUUGUGGCUGGUAUUACAGGAAAAGAGGCCGAUGUGGUGUGGAAGAUUUCUUCGAAUCACGGUCAAUCCCGUGUGCUGCUACAAUUGUCAAGCACUUCGGAGCAGUCUUCGCCACAUGCCGGGAGAAGCCACUUUGCUUCUAUGCGCGAUGGGGGGACGGUCAGUUACACUGUCGAUCACGACAUGCUUGAGAAAAUCCGACUGACCCAUCUGCCGCUCCAGAAUGCCAAUCUGGAGAUGAGGAGACACGUUCGACUUUCUACCGAGUUUGGCACACUGGAUGAAUUUCGUGCCAAGAUCACAGACACGCGCAAGUACCAACGGUACAUGCGUGUCGAUAGUGAAAGUCUAUCGGCGCUCCUCGCCAAGGUUACCCUCACGACUUGCUACGGCAUCCCCAUAAAAGGGGAGCCAGGGUACAUCUCUGAUGAUGAGAACGAGGAGAUUGAAGGUGCUGCUGAUGCGACAGGAGACCCCAAAGGGAAAGGAAAAGGGGAUGAGAUCAUCAGCACCCAAGCCGUCAACUGGCGAGAACUGGAUCCUUUGGGGCGAAAGUUCAUCCCGCAUCAUUCCGAUGCCCGAUUUGCGAUUAUCGAUGAAGGCAAUACCGCGGACCUCGAUGGCCCUGAAACGCCCGAUAAGAAGCGUGAGGACUUCAAGGAGUUCGUCCGAGACCACGCGAAGGAUCAGCUCCCGGAUGCCAAGAGCACUGAUCCAGUCUCGAUGAAGGUGACGCCUGACAUCUUCGAGGCUCUGCCAGAUGAGUUGGAGGAGCCUCAUAAUCUGUUUGACGUUGCAGGUCGACAGAGAAGGCGGCGCGAAGAAACACCUCAGCGUCGUGUGCAGACCACCGCGCAAAGGGAAGCGACGAUACCAGAAGCUCACACCAUCCCCGUGCCUACGGAGGACGAAGAUGAAGAUGACAGUGAGCUGGACAGGGUGGUCCGCCCAGCACCUGCGAUUCCGCGUGCAGGGCGAGAGCAUUUGGGUGGCAUUGCCCCUGAAGCACCGCCACCCGCACCGCGUGAGAUGCCACCGCCGUCCAAUCCACCGAGUCGGAAGACGCAGCGGCAAACGGGCUACAGCGCAGCUCACCCUGACGGGGAAACGCUGAGGGUCUCGGGAAGGGCAGCUUACUCCGAUCAGAUGAAGUUGCCCAUGGUGUUGCGAAUGAAUGAAGACAAGGGUUCCGGAAUCGGAUAUGGACAACCCGACGAUUGA